UGGAGGAUUGAAUUAUAUAUUUACGUUGCAUUUGUUUUUGUUCGCUCCACGCAUCGGAAGCCAGCCUGCAGCAUUUCGUCCCGAUACCCGCAACUUCGAGCAACGUGCAUGCGUUGAUCCAGCAACAUGAGCGUUCGAGUCGUCGCCCGAGUCCGACCCCUUCUGAAGGCCGAACGGGAAUUGGAUAUUAUUCUUCGCACUGGAGCAUCAUCCGCGCCCGUGGACCUCAAGCAGUCAGCCAACGGCGACCGCAAAUUGGCUGCAUUGAGGGACCGGGAUAACGUGGUACGGAUCCCAAACCCCAAGAAUGAGGGUGAAGAAUACACCUUCCAGUUUAAUGCGGUGUAUGAUGCCGAUGUGGCUCAGCAGGAACUAUUCGAUGCCGAGGUUGCGCCCACGAUCAAGCACCUUUUCAAUGGAUUCGAUGUGACGCUCUUCGCAUACGGCGUGACUGGAACUGGAAAGACGCACACGAUGCGUGGCGGUAAAAGCCUUGCAGACCGUGGUGUCAUCCCCCGACUCCUUAGCGGCAUCUACCGACGAAACCGGAAAAUCGAGAAGGAUAGCAAUGGUGAGACCACAGUUCAGGUUGCACUUAGCUACUAUGAAAUCUACAACGACAAGGUCUAUGAUUUGUUUGAGCCACCCGAGAAGCGUACAUUGGCAGGCCUUCCUCUUCGCGACAACGGGGGCAAGACAGUGGUGUGCGGCCUUACCGAGAAGACGUGCACCAGUUUAAAGGAAUUUGAAGUGCUAUAUGAUCAGGCGAACAACAACCGCUCCACUUCGGCGACCAAGUUGAACGCGCAUUCGUCUCGUUCCCACGCAAUCCUUGGCGUGAAGGUGACAAUUUGCUCCGCCGACCAGACUCGAGUCAGCACAAUAUCUGCGAUUGACCUUGCGGGUUCGGAAGACAAUCGACGUACUGAAAAUGACAAGGAACGCAUGGUCGAGUCAGCCAGUAUCAACAAGAGCCUAUUUGUUCUCGCGCAAUGUGUCGAGGCUAUCACCAAGAAGCAGCAUCGCAUCCCAUACCGCGAAUCCAAAAUGACGCGAAUUCUAUCCCUAGGCCAAAACAACGGACUGACCGUGAUGAUUCUAAACCUGGCACCAAUCCGGUCGUAUCACUUGGACACCAUUAGCUCCUUGAAUGUAGCCAACCGCACAAGGAAGAUCGAGGUACGGGAAAUCGAAAAUGACCCGAUAUUCAAAGGGCCUGCCAGACCGGCUCCACGACCAUCAAUGGCGAGCUCCCGGCAGCCCCUGCGGCCGCUCGUUGCUUCCGUCAACGUGAACAUGCCCGCUCCUGCUGCAAAGGACCCGGCUGCGAAGGACGAGGGCAAGCCUAUUAAGGCUUUCAGUGUCUUUUCUGAUCGGCCUAAGCCUGUGACUCAGAUUCGGAAAUCAGAAAUCCCCAAAAGACCCUCUCUGGCAUCUGAGACACCUGCCAUGCGCUCUCUGAAACCACCUCGCCAGCCUGUUGCAGCGAACAACCCUAUCUCCAGCUAUGCGGACCUCUCUGCUGCUAGAAUUGAGGAAAUGGUUGAAAAGAAGGUCGAGGAGCUUCUUGCUGUUCGGGCCGAGGGCGAAUUGUCAAGGCAGAUUCAAGUCCGUGAACUGAAUGACCAGCUUCAGCGUCGUCUGGAGCUUCUUGAGCAGCGGAUUGAAGGUACCGAGGAUGAUCGAGCAGAGGGCCUCUCUUACUUGCUUAUGGCCAAGCAACACCAGGCGCGUGGGGAAGACAGCUCUGCUUUGAGGAUGUACCAGCUAGCGCUUCCACACUUCCCACAUAACAAUAAGCUGGUCGCCAAGAUUGCUGCUUUGAAGAAGCGCAUGCAAGAUAAGCCCUCAAGACAGACUUCCAUUCCCGCUUCUCCUCCCAAGGAAAAGUUUGGAAGUAUGCUGUCGUUGAAGAGCGAGUCCACCCUUACUAUUCUUGGAAAGCGGCAGACCGAGGCAGUUGAUGAUGACUAUUUGAACGAGGUGGAGAAUGAUGGGUUCUCAAGCGACGAAGAAAACAUCCCUCGGCACAAGAAGCGUGCUACAUCCAAGAGCGUUCGCCAGAGUGAAAAUGAAAUUCAUGACCUUGACGAAUAUGAGGAUGGCUCUCUGUCCCCUCGCACUAUGCACCUUUUGUCGAUUAUCAAUUCGCGGGAUGUGAGCCAGAUCAAACUUCUGAAGGGGGUCGGUGCGAAAAAGGCAGAGGCUCUUGUCGACUGCCUCUGUGAGAUGGACCAGGUCUCAAAUGAUGAUAUGGUAUCAGACCAACCCAUGUUUCAGGUGGAGAGCUUAGCCCAGCUGAGCACUCUGAAAGGUGUUGGCGUUCGAACCGUUGAGAACAUGCGAAACGGAGUCCUGGUUUAA